AUGACUUCCGAACUCGUUCCGUUCGUAUUGGUGCUUUCGACUUUGCUUCUGAUCGAUGCAAAGCCGGAAGGACAUGCACACUCUUUCCAACAUUUCCACGGUCCUGUGACGGGCAGCGAACACGAAAUCACUUGGGACGACGACGACGGCCACCAUCAUGAAGACUACGUCGCUCAACCCCAUUAUGCCUUUUCGUACGGGGUCGAUGAUCACCACACGGGCGAUUAUCACGGUCAAAAGGAACAGAGGGACGGCACGGAUGUGUUCGGAGAGUAUACCGUGAAGGAACCAGACGGCAAUAUUAGAACGGUGAAGUACCGCGCGGGCAAGGACGGAUUUCACGCCAAAGUGCAUAACAGCCACCGAAACGAUCGUCAACAAGACGUUUAUCAUCAUUACGAUCAUUAUUAGUCCCGCGAGGUUGGACACUAUCUCCUUCCAAACUCGGUCGUUUUGUAUCAUGCGAUACUUUACUCUUUUUAUGUCCCAUUAUUCUUGUUGAAUAAUCGUCGACGUUUCGCUUACGCUGCACUCAUUAAAAGAUCAAUUAAGUACCUUAAGAUUUUCGUUUCUCUCGGUUUUUCUCGGCGAGUCACUUGUCUAGUUUUACGACUAGCUUCAUAAUGGAGUCAUUAUCGCGAAAGUCUUUCAAUGUUACGUAGCGGCCUUAAAAUUGUUGCGAAAAAUCGGUAAAUUGACCAAUCGCACAAUUAGCGAAUUUCCUUGGAGGGAAUGAUUAUUUCUUCCGAGGAAAUGCAGUUUAGUACAAUCGGCGUCAUUGGAUUGUUAGUAGAUCAAUUUCCGAGCUGUUUGACCAAAGAAACAGUCUUGCGAAAAAGCACCGUGUAAUUCUGCAUUUUUGUAGUCUUCUAUAUUAGAUUGUGCCUAAGUUAAGAUAUAUUGUUAGAAAAUGUUUGAUUAAA